AUGACUUCGGCACACAUCCUCCGGUUUCCCCGGUCAGAGAGCCAAGGUGGCUUCGUCAUCAUCCAAGCUACGCCUAUACGGUCCAAAGCAUUGGAUGUCAAGUUGGUUGGAACUGAUGGCGUCGAGCCCUAUGCCGUUUCCUUGCGUCAAGAUAAUGCCGCUGCACUUCGAGUUAAGAACAGCCCCUGCACAGAGGACGAAUGGAUCUCCAUUCUGACUGCCGUGCUACAACAAGAACCAGUCAGCGACAUCGAGGUGCUCGCCGAUGUCGAAAAUGAAACCGUCCUUACUUUGACUGUCCGGAGAAAGGGGAGGGAGUUUACUCAACGUCUCGGCGCCAUCGAAUUGAGCCACAGCCCGCAUGAGCUGAUUGAGCUAUUCGACUGGUGUGCUCUGUCGGCGCAGGUGGCCAAUGAGGCCAAGGAAGCCCUAGCUUCUGCAACCGCAAAAGCGAACCGGCUUGAAGAAUCUGUCCGUGAGCUCAAAGCACAGCUCGACGGCCUAAUCGCGGCCAAGGAGGCCGACGAGUCGGAACUGCUAGAGAAGUUCCGCGACCUAUUAAACGAGAAGAAGGUCAAGAUCAGACAGCAGCAGAAACUUUUGGCGUCUGCGUCUGUCGAGCCCGACAAACUAGCGCAGGUACAGAGUUCUCAGGCCGCAGGAAAAGGCCAUGCCGCAGCUGAGUCUAGGCCGGCCAAAAGGAAGACCGCCCCCGCCCCCGCCAAUGACGAUAGCUCCUCCGAUGAAGGUUUCGAGAAGAUGGACAUGGAGCAAGCUCCUGAAGAUUCCGAGCAGCAGCGCGACACGACCGAAGACGAGGAUGAGACGGCUAGUGAAGAUGAUGGUGACGAGCCAGCAGCGCCAGCGUCCAAGAAGCAACAUGAGUCUGUGGAAACUUCACAUGCCAAGGGGCAGGCCACAGCCGCUCAAAAGGAAGCACCUCCAAUGAAGAGGGAACUUCCCUUUGCCAAAAAGAGGGCCGCCCCAAAAGCACCACCUCCGCCCGCUGAAAGCGAGACGGAAUCUGAUGACGAGCUUUGA